UAAACCCAGACACACUUUCAACAAUGGACCGAGGGCUGACAGUCUUCAUCCUAGGUUUGGGUAUAGCUGCUCAGACCACAACCACGACUGUGCUCCAAAUGAAUGUAUACACUGAAGUCUCUGUAGCCCCAUCCCAGCUUGAAACCACACAGAUUGUGUCACAUCCACUGAUCGUUACUUCAGAUGUUCCACUUCGAUGUGCGAUCACAGCCGAGAAAAAUGUAACUAGAUGCACAGAGCUUUCCAUCAACCCUUGUCCUGAUCCAGAGCUGCUGGUCACAGUAUUUGCCAACACAAGCUACAAUGACAAGACAUACAACUAUUCUAGGACAGUCAAUGGCGGAGUUCAACUAAAAAUUAUUAUUGAUAAUGGAAUUAAUAUUACCACCCAAGACAUGAAUGAA